AUGCGUUGUAGUCAGUUCUUAGUGCUGGCGAUCGCUGCUGUCGUUAUUUGCAGCAGCACCAUUGUUGUUGCUGAGAAUGUGGCUCAGAGCUCGAAUUACGUGAACAACGUCAGCCCUAGUGCCACAAAUGAAGGCCGACGCUAUCUCAAGGGCAGCAUGACAACAACCGGUCUCGAUGCAGCGGACGAAGAGAGAAUUGGCGCAAGUACCCCCAGUUUCAAGCAGUUGUUCGGGUUGGUCAGACUCCCCAACUUUUCGAAUGCCCCUGGGAUUAAGCACAUUAAAGCGGUCAUGCAGAAACUCGGCGCCAUGCGUAUUGCGAGGAUGAGGAAGAGGCGCAACAAUAGACCUGGGACUUACGGCUUUUAG